AUGAGUCCAUCAGACAAGUUCCUCGAAGUCGUCAAGGGUCGUCGUUCCAUCUACACCUUGUCCAAGGAGACCACCAUCCCGGACUCGAAGAUCGAAGAGAUUGUCAAGUUUGCCGUGACGUGGGCGCCGUCCACGUACAAUGUCCAGUCUGCUCGGGCAGUCGUCCUUUUCGGCGCCGAGCACGACAAGCUCUGGGCCACCGUCAAGAAGCACAUGGACCAAGUCCCCAUGGAUGAGGGCAUCAAAGGCUACCUGGCUGGUCGUAUAAAUGGUUUCUCUGCCAGUUACGGUACGGUGAUGUGGUUCGAGGACCAGGCCGCGCUGGACGCGUUGGGAGAGAAAAAUGCCAUGGUUGUGCCUCUGCUGACUGAAUUUUCUGACCAUUCGAGCGGUAUGCAUCAAUUCAUCGUUUGGGCUGCCCUUGAGGCGGAAGGCCUUGCAGCCAAUCUUCAACACUUUAAUUUUCACCCAGGCAUUGUUGCCGAUGUAAAAUCGACCUGGGAUCUUCCGGCGACGUGGAAACUCAAGUCACAAUUGGUCUUUGGCAAGCCAACGGACCAACCUCAGGACAAGACGUUCGAGCCCAUUGAGAAGAGGGUCUUUGUCAAGGCAUGAAGGGGGGACUGCUAAAUUG